UUGGCCAACACAUCAGAUAUUUUCGAUUAUCUGUAUUACUAUAUAAUAUUUGAUCUGAUCGCUCUUAUAAAUUUGCAGGCAUCAUUCAGGCGAAACAAGAGAACCAACAAAGAAGAAACAGCCAAAUCAAAAAAGGCCAGCUCCCAUCAUUUUAGGAGAAGCAAGAGAACCAACGAAAGAAGGAACACCCAAACCAAAAAAGGAAUUGCAGUUUCAAGAAGAAUGGCACAUCAUAUUGAGAUUACCCAAAUGGAUCAUCAAAUUCCACCACUUGUUCAAACUUCUGUAAAUAGAAGACGGGAGAAAGAUGAUCAUUUAAUCGAGAUCAAGGAGCGAUUAAAGUUACAAAGAGAUAAAUCUUUGAAUCAAAUCUUUGAUGAAAGAUUUGAGGAUUUGGACAAUUCAUCUAUCAAAUCCACUACCAUAUUCAAAGUAAAUGCGGGCAUUCGCGAAUCAAACCCAGAUGCUUAUACGCCAAAGAUGAUCUCCAUAGGUCCUUACCAUAAAAGAAAUCAAGAACUUCACUCAAUGGAAAAGUACAAACUAGUAUACCUACGACGGUUUCUCCAACGAAAAGAGGGGCUUGAUGUGGAAAGUUGCAUAAGACAAUUGGAGGAACUAAAGGAUGAAGCACUAAAGUGUUAUGACAAUAUAGACAGUGAUAUUGUUGGCAAAUUUUCGGAAAUGUUGUUACUUGAUGGCUGUUUUGUGGUUGAGUUUAUUCGAGAGAAUUUUGAAGUUAAGCUUAGAAGAGAUUACCCCCUAAUUAUCAACGCGCUAUGGAUGAUGUGUCAAGUAUGUCGAGAUUUAUUGCUACUAGAAAACCAACUCCCUUUCUUUGUCCUCGGCAAACUUCAUGACAUGACAAAGCGUCCUGAAGAUCUAGAACCCGACUUCAUACGUAUGGUGAAAUCAGCUCUUUGUUAUAUUUCGCCAAGUAAGAUACCUAUGCUCAAAUCAGAAAUUGAUGGUGAUGAAAGAAAAAUUCGAUCAUUUACUUCAUAUGGUACACAUGUUUUGUCGCCCAUCAGAGAUGACGAAAACUAGCCAAAUCUCGAAUUCUAGCAUGAGAAAGGAAUGUUGCAAUAUUAAAAGAUUUCUUGGAAUGAACUUGCGACUAUUUAGGUCAAAAGAAAUCUCUACCUCUAAUUUUUGUCAGUCUUGGCAAGCUCCAAGUGCAACAGAGCUUUAUGAAGCUGGAGCUAAUUUCUUAAAACUAGGAAGUUUCGAAGAAGAUCUUAUGGAUAGAACAACUAUGUUCGAUAUCAAGUUUGAGAAUGGAGCGAUACAAAUUCCUUGUUUCAUAGUUGAAGAUUCAA